UUAAAUACUUAUGAUAAUUUGACUGAAUAUUUGACUAUUCACAGUACGAAAGACUUGACGAACGGACGGACCACUGACCGUAUUGACGUUGGAAGGAACAACAGACGUUUACACAAGUGGGAAAAAACGGAAGAAAUUUCUGACGAGGCAGAGACAGAGAAUGACGAUGGUGAAGGGACAAACUUGGCCCAGUCUCUCAACUCAAUGACAUCACAUUUGUUGGAAAAGGCAGACGAAUCCUUGGAAAAUUCUUCAGAAAGGGAUGUUUUCAUUGAAGGCAACAAAAAUGAGGAUGGAACCUCGACGGAUCAGAAUGAGACGGACGAAAUGACCAGUGACGAGGAGGCAAGUCCCACCAAUGACCCCAAGACUGCCUCCAUCAGCACUUGGCAUGAUGAGGAGAUUGAGGACAAGAUGACGGACAAGCAAAAAUCCGACGGGAAUCCAACCACACCUAAAGGAUUGACCACUUGGAGUGCCGUGAAUGGAGGUGGAGGGUCUUACAUUAAGGGCUCCGUCCAGAAAAUUCCAAGCGAGUACACUGUUUCAGGGGCUCUGAGUUUCAACGGGGUCGACAGGUCAUCCACUUCGAGUGUUGACCUCGUAACAAAGGAAAGGUCAUCCACUAACCAACCCACCACUGAAAUUCCACGGACAACAAAAAAUGUUCAAUCAACAUCUGCAUCCACCUCGACUGUUCCCAUGCUAAAUUCGAAGAGGAGAAAGCCUUACCAUAAAAACAAGAAGGUGGUUCAGCCAUCCAAAUUUGUGAAACAACCUCUCGCCGAAAUUACUGCAGAGGCGAUCGGGACGGAUGCUACGCACACCAUUUACAAAACCAAAGUUAUCGACCCUCAGACUAAAGUUGCAGCUGAUUAUGCUUACACCACAAAAAAGCCCCAAUGGCCAUACCAAUUGCCGGUGAAGAAAAUUGUGACAACCAAACGUCCCAUGGCUUUCUCCAGAAUCACGGCCAAGCCAAAAAACCCUUACGUUCCCAAACGUCCUCUGACUCCCAUGACGCUAAGCAAUCCAACCACAACGACACCAUCCACGACCACAACCUACCAUAGAAAUCCGGCCCCCUUAAUGUACCCUUUCCCCACCAUCUCCUUUACCAACUUGGGAUUGAUGGACUUCCUAAGAAGCCAAAUUAUCCCACGCAUUGGUUUAUCCCUGAUCAGCUUCAUGGCAGCGUCCCCAUUAAUAUUGUCCAUGAUUGGGGCCACUGCCGUCGGGAGAAAGCGGCGCAGUUUAGACAAUACUCAAAUUCUAGACACUGACAGAGUACAAUUUGAGUAUAUUAGCAAUCCAAAUAUAAAAAAUUUGCCAAAAUUUGAUUUUUCCACAAUCAAAAAGAAAUUGAACAAAUUAGAAAUGAUUCACCAGAAAAAGCCAAGAAAAUCGAUUGCGACGCAGGUGACAGAAAUUGUAUCCAAACUGAUGAAGUCCAAGGCGUUUUCCAUGCUCAAGUCUAAAUUCCUCGAGGCACAUGACUCUUCGCAAUCUCCGCAAGAUUCGCGAAUUAGCAGAAACAAAUCCAAGCAUUGAUAAAUUCGACUAAAAAAGUAAUUGAUUUCUUGACCGUGAAAUGUGGUUUUAGAUCAAGUGGGCUUAUUUGUUAUUUAUUUUCAUACAUGGACGAAACAUUUGCCGAUCAGUAUUAUUUAUUAUAAAAAGAAUCAACAUAAUAUUUAAGCCCCUGCUGCAAUUAUUUUUUUGCUCACUCUAAAUGUAACUGAAUAAUGUGUGUGUGUGUGAAUGUCGUAUUAAAACCAUGCCAAGUGUGCUCAUACAUAUGAGGAAAUAAUUUGAAUGUAUUUGAAAUCCGUCCGAAUUAGCUUCUUACGACUUUAAAGGAUUGAAUUAACUUUGCCAUUUAUUGUCAAUGUCAUUGUUCAAGUUUGAAGUGAAAGAAACAUUUCGAAUUAAAAUGAAUGGUCAGUGACAGCAGUUGUGUGAGAUUCGCAUUUAUUUUUGCAAACUUUUAAUGAGCAGCAGGAAAUAUUAUUGAGUUUUCUUUCAAAGAUUUGAGACCCAGUGUGCCACAUAUUUGGUGCAUUGCCAUUGUAAGACGAGGUCCAGCAUGACUUUGCUAUUUUCCAUUUAUUUUCAUUUCUCAGCGUUAAAUAGCCAACUUGUGAAUUCGAGUCCAACACAUUUACCAAGUCGGUUGGAAUGGAUGUACAAACAAUCUUUUCGAUUUGUUUGGAUUGCUAAAUCUGCCCAUUGUCCACUACCACCUUUUUGCCAACUCAGCUUAAAUGUGUAUUUGUAUGUGCUUCUUGAAACCUCUCAUUCAUCAUUCCUGCAGGUAGGCAGAUAAUAAGUCUCUCUUGUAAUGAACAAAACUGACCGACAUAGAUCAUGUAUAUUAGGGACAUGCCUGUUAAUCACGGGUGAAUCACUCAAUGCAAUAAUAAUGGAGAUGAGGUGUUGUGAUCAGCACAAUGUGUUGUUGAAUCAGAUUCGUGUCAUGAUAUUAUUAUUAUUAUGAUUAUUAUUAAAUUGCGCAAAUUCAUCCAAACGUAAAUACUGGUACAAUUUGUUCCGAGAUAAGUUAUGUGGUUGUGAGACAUCUGUUGUAGGUCGUCAUUCUCGACAAGAUGCGAAUUAUAUGUAUAAAAUUAAUUUUGACGUCGAAAAGGAAAUCUGACAUAAACUGGACUCGAAAAAAAAGACUACGGUUCUAGACAUUCCAAAACUGGUAAUGUUCAUCGUAACACUCGAAAGACAUCUGCUUUUAAUUAUGUGUAUUGUUAAAACCAACAUUUUUGCAUAAUCAGAGGGUGCUUCCGGCUAUAUUUAUUCUUAUUAGUGUUCUUAGUGGUUAAUAAUUUAUUACUCAUUGAAUAUGUUGAAGUUAUCUAUUUAUUAAUGUCUUUUGAAUAAAAAGCUAAAAAUAAAAUAAAUUGUAACUGUUGUGCAA